UUCUGUAUGUUGAAGGGAGCAGCCAGUGAGUGUGUGUUCAGUGUGUGUCUGAGAGAGAGAGAGAGACACAGACGGUGUUAAACAUGGAAACGAGGUUAGGCGUGAGUCGAAAACUAGUUCUGGUCCUGAAUUGAAGAGCCGCACCUCCUAGCAGACCACAAACACGGGAUUAUUAUGCCCAGCGCCAACGUGUCCGUGCGAAGUUUAUAUGAAGUAGAGAAAUACCUCGGCAGCCGGAUGGACAGGAGUACCGAGGGAAGUUCUCUGACCCUCCCUGCAUCGAUGCGUCGGGGUUCUUCAGAGAACAACUUGGAUCUGGAUCUGACUGAUGGAGGUCCUGGUCCUGCUCUGGGCUUUGAGGUUCAGCGUAGUCGUUCCUGCUUGGACAACCUCCAACAGAAGAUACUGAAAGUCACAGAGCAGCUGAAGAUUGAGCAGACGGCACGGGACGAGAACGUCGCUGAGUACCUGAAGCUGGUGAACAGUGCAGACAAGCAGCAAGUCGGGCGCAUUAAGCAGGUGUUUGAAAAGAAGAACCAGAAGUCAGCUCAAAAUAUUGCACAGAUGCAAAAGAAGCUGGAGCAGUACCACCGCAAGAUGAAAGACAAUGAAAUCCACCAUACCCCAUCACCUCACCGGUCCUCUGUCAAACACAGCACCAUACCCAGAGAGUCUCCCAGAGAGCUGCUGAAGGACAUGACUGGCAGUGGCCGACACCCGACCAUGGACAAGAUCAAGACCAUCGGACCAGGCGUUUCUCUCUCCCCUCCUUUCUUCUUCAGCAAGCCCCGGGAGUUUGCCAAUCUUAUCAGGAACAAAUUUGGCAGUGCUGACAACAUCGCCCACCUCAAGAACACUCUGGAUGCUUCCUCACCGCUUCCCACUGACAAUGCAGGAAAGGGGCUGAGUAGCAGUACCUCUAUGGUAACCAAGCCCAAGUAUCCCAGCGAUGACGAGUGCUCCUCAGGGAGUGCUUCCAUUUCAGACAGUAACGGGAACCCAUCAGGGGCAGCUUUGUCGGCUGGGAAGUUGCAGGGUCGGGGUCAGGGCCAGCAGGCUGGGGAAGAUGGCCAGAGCCAGAGUCUGAAGAUGGCCCUGACCCUGGAGGAGGUGAGUGAGAUCAAAGAUGCCCAGAGUCAGCUGGAGGAGGAUAUGGAGGAGCUGAAGUCCCAGUUCAAAAAAGAUUAUGGCCUCAUCAGCCAAAUACUACAAGAGGAGCGGUACAGGUAUGAGCGCUUGGAGGACCAACUAAACGACCUGACAGAGCUUCACCAAAAUGAGAUGGCUAAUCUGAAGCAGGAACUGGCCAGCAUCGAGGAGAGGGUGGCUUAUCAGGCUCAAGAAAGGGCCAGGGACAUACAGGAGGCACUGGAGUCAUGUCAGACGCGAGUGUCCAAGCUGGAGCUGCAGCAGCAGCAGCAGCAGCAGACGGUCCAGCUCGAGAACCGUGACGCCCGAGUCUUGCUGGGGAAGAGCAUUAACAUCAUGCUGGCCAUCAUCACCGUCAUCCUGGUGUGUGUCUCCACCGCUGCCAAGUUUGCCGCUCCACUGAUGAGGAGCCGGCACCACGUGGUUGCUACCUUCCUGGGAGUUUGUUUUUUGACCAUAUUCUGGAAGAACUGGGACCGUUUACUGUAUGCCAUAGACAGGUUGCUGGUGCCUGCCUGAUAGUGAAGAGUGCACACUUUAAACAACACUGCAGUAACAUGGAUGCUGUCGGUUGGCAGGACAGGACUGUCUAAGGGGAUUGGUUGUACAAUCUUCAGAAGACACGAACCCCAUGCAUUUACGGAGGUCACUGUUUUGUUUUUUUUUUAAUGUCAGACUGAAAUCAUUUUUUUUUUCUUUGUCUUAAACUUGAAUGUGUGUUGCUAACCACUUUCAUUUAACCUUUGUAAUAAUAUUUAUACAAGAGUAAAUUUUAUUCCCCAGGGAUUGCUAUGAUAUCAUCUCAAGACAUAGUCAAUCCAUGGAUUAAGGAGUGUGAAGAGAAAUGCAUUAUCACUACCGCGCAGCAACAUGGGACUCGCUCACUCACUGUUGUUUACUUCCGGCGCCGCUACGAACGGAUGCCUGCCAGAGUUGCUCCGUGUCUUCGUGUUAUCUUAUCUCUUUCCCACAGUUUUUGGGGACACGAUCAGAAGAUGAGGUAGAAUGCAGCAAACGAUUAUUCUCUCUCAUUUUGCUUCGGCUUGAUCUUUUUACGAAUAUAUCUUACAAAUUGCACAUGCACACACAAACAAAACCUCAAACCUGGUAUCUUUCUUGGCCACAGCUAUGAAAAGUGGCUGGUAGGUAUAUUUUGUUUCCUUUGCACAGAGACACACAGGCUGUUUCCCUCUUUUUUUUAGCUAAGCUAAGUGAAGCUAACUGGCUUAAUGUGUUGUAGCUUCAUAAUUUAGCAUACGGACAUGAGAGUGGCAUCAAUCUUCUCGGCUAACUCUCAGCACAAAAAAAAUUAAUGAGCGUGUUUCCCCAAAUGUAGAGCCAUACGUUUCAAUGAAGAAUCUUCAAACUACAGCAGAGAGGCCUGUUUUUUGUGUGUUUGUUUUCAUUAUUGCCUUGUCAUCUCUAAAGGUUUUUUUUCUGUUUACUGUAUUUGAUGUUUAAAGUGCAAUAUACUGGAUGUCUAAAAGCUCUGUUUUUAAAAUGUUUCUUUCAGGAGCGAAUGUUUUACGUCAGUGUUUUACAGUGACAGGGGUGUUGGGGUCGGUAAGGGGAGCAUCAUUACUGUUGGCACGAGAGAUCCAUAACCACUGAAGUCACUGCUGGGCUCUGAUAAGACCAGCUGUCUCCUCUCUCAAGGGCCGAAAACCAGCCCCACUGCAUUGCCAUGCUGAUAGCAUGGUAAUAUCAACACAGGCCAGCUCUCCUGUGCAACCACACAUGCGCACAUACCCAUGAAACACACACACAGAGUCAGUCAUUUGGCUCUUUUUAUGUCUUACGAGUCUGAUGUUUGUCUUCUACUAAUAAUGUGAUUGAGAAGUGAUGGGUUAUACUGUGAUAGAAGCCUUUUCUGAUGAAAAAAUGCAAUUUUUUCUCUCUUUUUUAUUUUAUUUUUUUUAAAGAAUCAACAAACAGCCUUCAGUGCUCCAGUGAUGAGCACACUACUGGCUCUGAUUUAUGAACUAUGAGCCUAUCUUUCUUUGGAAUGACUAAUGUAUUAUUUCAUGUUUGUCUUGCAAACAUUGCCUGUGAGGAUCUAACGUGAAACUACAGACCACUUUUUAAUGUUUGUCUGCCAUAAUAACAUGUUUGUGUUGAUGUUUGUUGUCGUGUCUACUGACUGCAUUGUAUGUUUUUGUUCUUGUUUUGACGUAUUUGAGGAUGUUCUUGCCUGCGGAACUACAGAUCUGGUUUACAUUCUCUUUUCAUCUGCAGUGCACUAUGUGAUCAAUCAGUUGUAUUUUCAUGCAUUACGUGCCUUCGUCUGGCAGUUUCUGUUAAAUUAAACAAGCCUUUUUAAUCAA